CGCACCGGGAGCGCGCUCGGAGGCGAGUGGAACUGGAUCGGGUUUGCUGCCAGCGGCGUGAGCUUCGGCCGCCAUUUUACAACAGCUCCACUCGCGCCGGACACAGGGAGCAACGAGCACGCGUUUUCCGCAACCCGAUUCCCUCGGACAGGAUUUCUCCGCCGUAGGCCAACGGGGAGAUCUCUGGAAACAUGGCUACAGAACAUGUUAAUGGAAAUGGUACUGAAGAGCCCAUGGAUACUACUUCUGCAGUUAUCCAUUCAGAAAAUUUUCAGACAUUGCUUGAUGCUGGUUUACCACAGAAAGUUGCUGAAAAACUAGAUGAAAUUUACGUUGCAGGGCUAGUUGCACAUAGUGAUUUAGAUGAAAGAGCUAUCGAAGCUUUAAAAGAAUUCAAUGAAGACGGUGCAUUGGCAGUUCUUCAACAGUUUAAAGACAGUGAUCUCUCUCAUGUUCAGAACAAAAGUGCCUUUUUAUGUGGAGUCAUGAAGACUUAUAGGCAGAGAGAAAAACAGGGGACCAAAGUAGCGGAUUCUAGCAAAGGACCAGAUGAGGCAAAAAUUAAGGCACUCUUGGAAAGAACAGGCUACACACUCGAUGUGACCACUGGACAGAGGAAGUAUGGGGGACCGCCUCCAGAUUCCAUUUAUUCAGGUCAGCAGCCUUCUGUUGGCACUGAGAUAUUUGUAGGGAAGAUCCCAAGAGAUCUAUUUGAGGAUGAACUUGUUCCUUUAUUUGAAAAAGCUGGACCUAUAUGGGAUCUUCGUCUAAUGAUGGAUCCACUCACCGGUCUUAAUAGAGGUUAUGCGUUUGUCACUUUUUGUACAAAAGAAGCAGCUCAGGAGGCUGUUAAAUUGUAUAAUAAUCAUGAAAUUCGUUCUGGAAAACAUAUUGGUGUCUGCAUCUCGGUUGCCAAUAAUAGGCUUUUUGUGGGCUCUAUUCCUAAGAGUAAAACCAAGGAACAGAUUCUUGAAGAAUUUAGCAAAGUAACAGAGGGUCUUACAGAUGUCAUUUUAUAUCACCAACCGGAUGACAAGAAAAAAAACAGAGGCUUUUGUUUCCUUGAAUAUGAAGAUCACAAAACAGCUGCACAGGCAAGGCGUAGGUUAAUGAGUGGUAAAGUCAAAGUCUGGGGAAAUGUUGGAACUGUUGAAUGGGCUGACCCUAUAGAAGAUCCUGAUCCUGAGGUUAUGGCAAAGGUGAAAGUGCUGUUUGUACGCAACCUUGCCAAUACUGUAACGGAAGAGAUUUUAGAAAAAGCAUUUAGUCAGUUUGGGAAACUGGAACGAGUGAAGAAACUAAAAGAUUAUGCUUUCAUUCAUUUUGAUGAGCGAGAUGGUGCUGUCAAGGCUAUGGAAGAAAUGAAUGGUAAAGACUUGGAAGGAGAAAAUAUUGAAAUUGUUUUUGCAAAGCCACCAGAUCAGAAAAGGAAAGAAAGAAAAGCUCAGAGGCAAGCAGCAAAGAAUCAAAUGUAUGAUGAUUACUACUAUUAUGGUCCACCUCAUAUGCCCCCUCCAACAAGAGGUCGAGGGCGUGGAGGUAGAGGUGGUUAUGGAUAUCCUCCAGAUUAUUAUGGAUAUGAAGAUUAUUACGAUUAUUAUGGCUAUGAUUACCAUAACUAUCGUGGUGGAUAUGAAGAUCCAUACUAUGGUUAUGAAGAUUUUCAAGUUGGAGCUAGAGGAAGGGGUGGUAGAGGAGCAAGGGGUGCUGCUCCAUCCAGAGGUCGUGGGGCUGCUCCUCCCCGUGGUAGAGCCGGUUAUUCACAGAGAGGAGGUCCUGGAUCAGCAAGAGGCGUUCGUGGUGCGAGAGGAGGUGCCCAACAACAAAGAGGCCGCGGGGUACGUGGUGCGAGGGGUGGCCGCGGUGGAAAUGUAGGAGGAAAGCGCAAAGCUGAUGGGUACAACCAGCCAGAUUCCAAGCGGCGCCAGACCAAUAAUCAGAACUGGGGCUCCCAACCCAUUGCUCAGCAACCGCUCCAAGGGAAAAGGGGUCGAGGCCGGUCCUGACCUGUUACAAUGAAGACUGACUUGCUAUGUGGGAUUACACCAGAAGCUUGCAGUGGAGUAAUGGUAAGGAAAUCAAGCAACCUUAAAUAUCUCGGCUGUAUAGGAGCAUAUUCUAUUGCAGAAGACCUUCCCAUGAAGAUCAUGGAAUCAAAUACGGGACAUUGAACUAAUACUUGGACUUUCAUAUGAAUUUCUUUAACAAUUUUCUCUGCAGUGCAAGUUAUUAAACUAAAGCUACUCUAUUUUCCAAAUGUGUUCCAACAGAAAUCCUUCAUAACUUCUAGCAUGGUAUCUUAAUAAAGAAUAAAGUUCUCUCUAAAAAAAUCUGCUCUAAGUAGAUUUUUCCCCUGUUUUUUUAAAUUAAGGAUCCCAGCACUGGUAUUCUGAAAUAUUCUCUUGAAUUUGUGCAUUAAAAUUUUAUUGCAGCGGUAUAUAUGAAUGCCAUUGUUGGUAUCCUUAAAUUUUCUGCUCACCAAGGUUAAUCAUGAUUGUCUAUAUCUUUUUUAUAGUCAUCACUUUUGAAUUGUGUUCAGAUAUGCAGUUUCAGGUGUAAUCAUCAGAGCUGGUUAGUCAGGCAUUCCAGAUAGUGGUUCUUUUCAGAACCUUUUUUAAAGGGUUGGUUAACUACCUCAGUAGCAGAGGAUUGAACUAUACCCUGUCUGUACUGUACAUAGAAAAUCUUUGUAGAUAAAAGCAAGGCUUGUUAAAUAUGAUAUGAGGGUAAGAUUUUAAUAUACCAAAUGUAACAUUCUUAGUUGCCUUUAGUUUCAGAGGCUUGUAAGACUUCCUCAUGACCAUCAUAACAGGCCUUGCUUUUGUCGUAUUUUGUGGCUGAAAAAGCAGCCUUGCUUCUUCAGAUAUUGUAGUUAUUUGGAUGUAUAAUAGUUUAGCAAGAUGUUACUUUUGUAAGACAUCAGAUGUUCAAAAAAAGUGCAUCCGAACUUGUACUAAAUACUGCAGUGUCCCUUUAUAAAAAGUCAGACUAAAACUGACAAUUGUACAGCAAAGCCUGACAUUUGGAUAUUUUGAAGUUUUUUCAUAAAUCAUAGAAAUUAGUAUAUGGCUGUAGUUUAGCUUUUUAGGUAAAAGGUAUGUUUCAUUAGUGCAUUUCUUACUGCUGAUCACUGCAAAAAUGUGAAUCAGCUUUCCAUUUCUUACGCAGGUCAUGAUAACUUGUAGAGUAGAGUACAAUCAUUUGUGCUAUGUUUUUAAUUUUCUAAAGCACCUUGAUGACAGUGAGUGUUCAGUGGUGAAGCAUCCCUCUAUUGAAUCACCCUCAAAAAUUUUUUUGCCAAGUCCUAACUUGAUAGCUUAAAGUCAAAAGUGAAAUUACAGUUUAAUUAGGACUUGGUAUAAAGAAAUCCCUUCUCCCCUUCCUCAAAGGGAUACUGCAGUUAUAUCACAUACCCAAUAGGCACCACAAUGAAGAUCAGAGCUUAUACUUAAUUAAGGUUUUAUACACACCAGUUCCCCAGUAAAUGCAAAAUUAACAAAAUUAGACAUGUCAUAUGUUCAAAAUGCUUAUGGCAAACAAUCAUUUUGCAUUCCUGCAAAUAAAAUUGUUUUAUACUGUAAGCUGGAGGCGAGUGUAACUUAUUUUUGUAAUAAAGUUUUUAUUUUUUUUAUGUGUCAUUAAUAUAAAUGUGUGUUAGUGUAGAAAUCUUCUGGUUUAAAAACUUAGAAUUGCACACAUUUCAGUAUGUUUACUUGUACUUACAUAAUUUUAGAAUAGUGGUUGCCAAUAGCCUGUAUGUUUCACAUUAAUUGAUUUUUUAUGUUAUCUUAAUAAACCAUUUUAGUAUGUUGUAUGUCAGUUACUGGGAUAGCUGGGACAUAGAGUGUAAUUUAAAAUUUGUCUAUAAGUAUUCAUUGGAAUAUAUGUAAAUGUGCCUUGCCGGUUAUUGAAACUUAACCUACAAAAUGAGUAUGGGGUGACAAAAAUUAGUUCUUGGUGCUUAAUGAAACUUUCUGCCACUGAUUUUAUAUAUUACCCUGUGCUUUUUAAAAGUACAUAUCUCUCAAAUCUUAUUGUUAAGUUUGAGGGCUACAAAAACAUUUACAUUUCAUCCUAGCAUAGUAAGUAUAAUCAGUUUGUGGAAAAUGGGUGAACUAAAUGUAGCCUUCAGUAAAAUUGAAUCUCAGUGUAAUCCUUGGUGCUGGCAUUUUCCAGUGCCAAGGAGUUAAAUGAUCACAUGAAAGAGGUCAUUGCCAUGCCUAUUGACACUUUACUGUCAUACCGUUUUUAAGGGACACUGUCAAGGUGUUUUAAGUUAAUUCUCAGAAUUAUUUGUUGGGAUUUUAGGACAAGUUUGUUUGACUUAAGUAGAACUGCAUUAAGUUAAAAGGUGAACACUUUUGUGAGUUCACAAAUGUGUUCUGAAAACAUUAAAAUAUUAUGGAGCUGUGGGUUUCCAAGGCUAUUUGGCAUUUUUAGUUUGGGAACGUGGGAGGAAAAACUGGUCAUAUAAAGAAAUUGUGAAGAAUUGAUGGUUAUAUAAUGUAAACAGUGGUGAUGAAAUAUACGCACUCAAGUGAAAUUACUUGACAGUGUUCAUUUGAAUAACUUUGAAUUCAAGCCAUUAUAAUUACUUUUAAAAUUAAAUAUCAUUUGCACUGUUCUGAUAAUGGGUGCAGUUUUUGAGCAAUAUAAUCAGAGCUAAAUAUGCAUGUAGUGAUUAGUGAUGUGAACAAUAAGUUCUGAGAAGAAAUACUAAUUGUGGUAUUUUCAAACUUAAAUUUUCUGUAGUAAAAUCAGUAUCAAACUCUUACAGAUCAAGGAAAACAGGCAAUGCAUAUAAACAUACUUUUGAAUGUUGUGUGGCCUAUAAAGCAAUAAUGCAAUUUAUAUGGAAUGUCAUGAGAAUAUGAGAAAUGGAAAUGCAAAAAUAACUAAUCCUUUAGUAGAAAUGUCAAAAUGUUAAGGGGGAAUGUUAACUAAUGUAGGUUAUUGCUAUUUGUGAUUUGUUUAUGGGUUCUUGGCUUUGACAGCUUCAAAGAAUGGUCAGAUGACAAGCAAAAGAAAUUUUGUAUAUAUUGUCAAGGAAGGGAUCUUAAAUCCAAGAGUCAUGUCCCUUCCUUGGGGUGAAAAAUUUAUUCAUAAAGCAUUCUGAUUGUUUUAAAAACAAAACAAACAAAAAACUUGUUACCUAACCAAAACAGACGCAAGAUUUUGUUUCUGCAGACUACUUGGCAAUUUAAGGUGAUCGUAAAUUUAGUAUAUCAAUUUUCAGAAUGUUGCUUUGAAAAACUGUUAAAUAUACUUCCAAACAUAUACUUUUUUAUGGAAGAUUUUCAGCUGCUGUAGCUGAAUCAGAUGUUAGAAAUGAGGGAGAAAUUGAGCACACAAAGAGCUAGCUGUUGCCCACUCAUGAUUGUGGUUGCUAUAUGGCAUCAUGAGAAAUUUUUGUAUUGAUUACUGAAAGGGUGACUUAAGAAAAUAUGCGCAUUUUCCUCAUAAUAGGGCAACCAGAAAUGGAUUGAUAGGUGACCUGAAGUAUUCAGUUGUACAUAAAGUAUUUAGAAAGACUUAUUUAAAUCAGGGUGAACAUCAUGCUAGGUAGGCACAAUUGUCACAUGAUGCUAGGUAGGCACAAUUGUCACAUGCAGGGCAGCUUUUGUUUUGUUUUGUUUUAAAUUGCUAAGCCAAAAGUCAUUGUUGAUCAGAAAUACAGCAAAAGACCACCAAGUUAUUACAGAGUAUAAAAUGUAGUCAGUAUUCUAAGGGGAGAAAUUAAAAAGCUAGAAGGGUUUCAUGUAUUUGGGAGAGGAAGCUAUCCCUAGACUAAGAAGAUUGCUCGUUUUCCUAAAACUUUCAAGAAUACCCACCAUGACCAUUUUUCCCCAAUUAUGUAUACCAUAAAAUUUUUAUUUCACCAUUGGAAUUCAGUGGUGGCUGUAGAAUUCACGAGUAACUUAGGUGACUACAUAAGAGGAACAGACUUGUGGGAUGGUGUUCUAAAGUGUAAUAUUAAUUACUGAGUAAUCAUACCACUCAAUAGGGAAUUCCACUACAUUUCUUAAGAUGUUAGUUAUGAACCAAUGUUUGCAGACAUUUUUAACUGUGGGCAAUUAGCAGAUGGAUUUUUGGGGGAACUGUCACUUUUUAUAAAGAAGUACUUAAGUAGGUAUAAAUUGUUAACAUCACACAUUCUGCCUUCAGUAAUAAACAUAAAACAUUAUUCAGGACCAGAAGCAUUCAGCUGGAGAAACAAUCUUUACAUAUGUAAAUUGGUAUUAUAACUAGCUCUGGGUCAAAAAUUAGUUUUACUAGUUUUAACAGUAGUCUGUUAAACAUUUAGAAGUCUGGCAUUGAGAAACAAAAGCUUGUACCUGACUAGUAUUUUUAAUUUAAAAAAAUACUAGUUUUGUUAGCUUGUUUUAAAUUGUCUUUUACAUUUAUUUAUCCAUAAAGUUUAUAUUUAUUUCACUCCUUUCAUCUUACUGAAAAUUGUCUGCAGGCUCUUUGAUUUGGAUUAGAUGUGUGAAGUACUGUCUUUUGCCAAAAACCUCAAAUAACCUGUUCUUUUCAACGUAGUGGGUUUGUGCUUGUUUGGAGAUCAGUUCGAAAACUAUCUGUACUAUCUGUACUGCCUCUGAUGUUAAGAUUUUAUGUAUAGCAUAAGGAAGCUAGCUCUGACUAUAUUUUCCUAAGAAUAAAGACCUAUUUUUGUA